GAUGGCGGUCGCGAGUGACCUUCCUACAGAGUUGGUUACUCGACCUUUAAGUCUUGUAGCUCUGAGCGGUUUGGACAUCGCGGCUAACACAGCUCACAAGAAAAUCUGGGAGUCAUUCACGUUAAACAGACAGCCCGAUCGGAUCUCGCUUGCAUUCACACUCGUUCCAUAUGACCACCAAUUUCCGAAGUGCAAAGCCAAGAGGACGAAUUACGACUGGUAUUUGCCAAAAGGCAUCUUAAAAGCUAAAUGGAUGCAUAAACAUUUAAAUGUCAUUCCUGCCGCUGUCAUUUUCUUCUUUGAUCUCGAGUGGGAUAACUUAAAAUGGAAAGAAAAACAAGCAGAAUGUUCAGCAAAAGUUACACAGAUAAGGAACAAUUUGCAAGGCCGGAACACUCGAGUUGCAGUAGUUCUCAUUCAAAAGAAUGCUCCAAUCCCCCCAGGUGAAGAUACGCAAGUGUCUGAAAGGGUUGCAGCGCUCUGCAGUGCCUGUGAUUUGUCGGCAAAAUCUCUCUUCGUCUUGCCGUUCACUGAUCAUAUGGUGAAUUUGAAUGGCUAUACAACCAGAUUGGAAAGCGCAUUUCAUGAAUUGGCUCAGAAUUAUUACCAAGGAGAGGCCAAAAAGGUCAAAUCACAUAAGGAAUUCCUAAACAAGUCUUUGCAUCAGCAAUUCUUUGUCCGACAUCAAUUCAAGAUUGCCUUCUUCUCAGAGAUACGGCAGGAUUCACACUCAGCUUUGAAACAUUACAAGCAAGCCUACUCGUUGCUCACUGAGAUCAAACAAAAUGAAAUGAAUAUUUUGGAAAUUAAAAUUGUCGCUGGAUUUAUCAACUAUAAAAUCUGCCAUUUAAGCUUUCGUCUCAGUGCUCCGCUGGAUGCCAUUUCACAGUUUCGAAGACAUGUCGACUUUUUCAAAGAGAAGGCAGGAAAUCCUGAACUGGCUUUUGAGCAUUUAGCCUGGCUGUCGAAACAAUUCAGCGUUUUCGGUGACUUAUUCGAUGAGGCUAUAAAGAAUGGAUUGACGGCAAUCCAGACACAACAUCCUGGGUUCUAUUAUCAACAAGCUGCAAAUCACUCCGUUAUAAGACGUCAGCUCUCAGAGGGUCUUUGCCAUCACAUUCCCCCAGACACGGUGUCCUUCGAUCCUCUGGAGAAAACCGGAAAUUUGGAAUAUUUUGGCCAGCGACCGUGGAGGCAACUCCACCAGGGCGAUAAGCCUCCCGACCAGACGAAAGAAAAUGCCGGCAUCUUGGCUCUACAAGCACAAGAAACUAUGGUCGAUCACUGUUGGAUAAUAAUUCCGUUGCUGAGUAAUGCCGUUUCACAGUUCAAGAAAUACAAAUCUCCAAGAAUGAAGCGUUUCCUAAUGGUGCAAAUGGGUGAAGAGUACUACCAUGCAAGAGACUAUACGAAGGCUUUAGCUCUUCUUGGUCUUGUGACCAGUGAUUAUCGCAAGGAAAAAUGGUGGUCUUUGUUGACAGCUGUUCUAAGCACUUCUUUAAGAUGUGCCUAUCUUUUGGCGAACAUACAAGAAUAUUUAACCAUUUGUAUUGAACUAAUGGGUCAAUAUGCUCUUCAUUACUCCGAUGAAAGAACCAGGAUUCAAAUGAAUUUGAUCCGAGUGAUAUCGGGUGACUCACCAGACCACGAACCAGGCUGUGAUGUCGAAGCAAUCGAAGAAGCGAAGGAACAUUGGAAAGCCUUGAUGAAACAGGGACCCCAUCUCAUUAAUAUCCAAAUGUCUAACAUUGCCUCCUUUGUGGAAUGCAAAGCCAUAUUUAAUUCCCAGUCCGUUUCUGCGGAUUGCUAUGUUGCCCUGGACAUUUACCUUAGAACGACCAGUCCAUUUCCGAUUCGCUUCAACAGUCUUUCGGUUCUCUUCAAUAAUCAGAAUUACAACUCGUUAUGUGUCGUGAACGCCCCUGGUUCAAGCACUUCUGAAGUUUCUGAAGAGGGUGAUCUGUAUCUGGAGCCAAGAAAGAUUAAGAAAAUAAGUUUUUCCUUCACCCCCCUGCCCGAAGAUGUUGAAAAAGUUAUAGAGGUUACGUCUGUGGUUCUUGAGCUCGGCUCGAGGCAGGUGUGUUGUGGUAUCCUGAUCUGGAACGGCGGGGGUGGUAACAUUGCAAAUAAUUCUGACUCGACUCUCGUCAACCUCGGUAACCAGAACGAUGAGAUAGCGAGCGUUGGUACGGGGGAAUGGAACCGACUACGUAUUUUAUCGAAAUUAAGUGUAACUCCACGUGAACCGUGCGUGGACAUCGCCUUUGAACAUCAGCAGCCUUCGUUGAUCGAUGAAAUCUACCCGCUUCAGCUUCGGAUAAGUAACAAGGAAAAAACGACAAUCUCAAAUGUGAAGGUAGAAAUUCAAAUGGAUGCGGAAAAAAGCACUACAAGAUCUGAACUGGUCUGGAUGUGUCUGGACAAGCCGGAUUUUGAAAACGAAGAAAAACACUCGCAAACGUUUGAAAUUUCGGAGAUUUCUGACAAGAUUGAACGAGAACUGUUUGCAAAGACCUCUCAAGCUGGUAAAACGGAACUUUUGGCAAAGGUUGUUUACGAAGUUGAAGUAACUGUGGGAACUAUGGGUCAUGUUGUGAAGUGUUUAUGUUCCAAGACUGUGGCAACGACACUGGAAAGUGUUCAUCCGUUCAGAACAACGUGUUCUCUCGUAACUAAGGAAUUUUUCAGUUUGGACAAAAUUCACGAGGGGGAGUUGUUCAUGUUGCUUGUGAAUAUAAAAUGUUCCUCGCCAUGGCCUCUGACCGUGAUUUCUUGUAAACUGCAAUUGUCAAAUGAAAUUCAGCUUGAAGAUGAUGAUAGCGAAUCCCAAUUAUCCGGAGUUUCUUUGGAAAAUGAUGAAUCUGCAUCGGAUUGUUUUUGUCUGAUUAGUAAAGUAUCCAAUAGCGUUUCACGAUCAAUUCACCUCGGCCAGCUUCAAAUUGAAUGGAAAAGAGUCGAACAAAGAUCUGAACUACCAUCAGUUGUAACUGACAUUGAUUUACCUUCAACAAGCAUCGAGAAAGUGCCCCUGUCUAUCCACACAGAUGUACCUCCUUAUGGCACGGUCCGUACCGCGUUACCCUUGUCCUAUACUUUGUUUAACAAGACAGCUACGGUGCAAGAAAUUGAGGCAAAGGUUGAGCAAAGCGAACACUUCAUGUUUACUGGAAGUAAAGAGAUUCAUUUUAGUAUCCUUCCGUCAGCUAGCCAUACAUUAGACUACAAGCUGUUUCCGCUAGCACCUGGCUACGUUACGUUGCCAAGGUUACGCUUAAGUCUGGCCCGUUACCAAGGUGACAUUGACAUGGCAGUCAGAAACAUGAUUCCUUCCCAUGUGUUUAUCAAGCCCCCUGGAAAACUUUUCCAGGAAAAGAACUGGUGACGUGAGUGACAGGUCUCAACGAAUCAUUCAAAACGUGCCCUAAUUUCUCAUCGAAAUGCGUGAGUUACCUGAAAAUAUGAAUAGGUCAAUAACGGCAGAUUACAACGAUACCUGAUUCGAACGAUUAACUAGGUUUUGUCAACAAACAUUGGUAUCGAAUUUCUAAACAUUUAGCUAUCCUGGAGAAAAUUAUGUACAUUUAAAUAUAACCCAUCAUUAUGGUGGCCCAUUGGUAUAGUGGCACAUGAAUGCCACCUAUUGCUACUUAGGUACCACGGUAAUAUAGAAAUAUGUUUAAAUAUAAAAAUAUAUUUAAUUUCAAAUAUAUUUUUAUU